AAAAGAAGUAAUAUCAACAGUCCUGAGCCCUGGCUUGGGAGGCGAAUCUAAGAGGUGCGUCUGGAUUUGGCUAAGAGUGAAAAGAGUAUUUUCUUUCCACUGGUUGCUGGCUAAUAAAAGCAAAGGGGUGGAAUACGUCCAACUCGCAAAACUUGAAUACAGUUAGUGCUAUCUGCAAAUGGGUGCCCCUCCCCGCUCAUGUGAGCUGCACAGGCAAAAGAGAGUGACACAUGUGCUGUUUCCUUUUCCAGUUGUAAAGGGGUCAGGAGCCCAGCAAGGAGAGUCUGAACAAGAGCAGCAUUUUCCCGUGCUCUUCCAGCUGUUCUGUUCAAUCCCGCCGUCCCUUCUGAGCAGGGAAGAGAGACUGUCAACACAAGGCAUUUUUCAAAGGCGUAAAUUAUGAGUUACCAAAACAAUGCGACAUCUCUACCACAUGGAGAUACCAAGAACUCUCGGGUUGAAACAGGUGUGGCUGUUACUGGAGGUGUGAUUGCUGCAGUGGUAUUUGUCCUCAUUUGCCUGGUGGUUGUGGUGCUCCGAUACAUGUACAGGCAUAAGGGCACUUACCACACCAACGAGGCAAAAGGAACAGAGUUUGCUGAAAGCGCAGACGCCGCUUUGAAAAAUGACCCUGCUCUCCAGGAAGCAGUGGAUGAGAGCAAAAAAGAAUAUUUCAUCUGAGAGGCAAGGAUUUCCUUGGAGAUUUCCCCAAGGGAACCAGUCAGAAAUACUACAUCAACAGAAGCACUGAGAGGGAUAAUAUGAGGACAGAGGCAAGCAUCCUAAUUGAAAAGUACCUCUUUUCUUUUUUUGACAUUGGAUUGUUUCUUUUCCUCCACCCAUGAAGAACUGAAUGCCAGAUACUUGCCUGCUGAUUUUAUUAGCAACACAGCUGGUCUCAGUUGAAAUCAAUAUCAGAUAAGAAGAAACAAAAUCUCAGUAUGAGUGAUACACCAAAACCAGAUAAUGAUAGCAAAUGUCAAGCCUUGACAUUUGGUGAAAAUAGCAGAUGCCGAUGGAAAACAUCCUCUUAGAGUUAAUGAUGCAUCCUAUGCUGAUAUUAUACAGAACUACCUGAAAUUGAGUUUCAAAUGGUCACAAAACAAACAUUAAACUAGAUAAAGCUGAGGUAGCUGGAACAAAAACAGCUCUGUAGUCCAGAUAUCUCCCCCUUCCCCUUAAAUGUGCAAUUUUAUGGGCACAGGGGAGAUUGUUUUGUUUUUUGAGGGAUUUAGAUUGGGAAUUUUUUUUGCAUUUUUAGAAUUUUAUACAUAUAAAAGUCAAAGACACUUCAAAGAAAUAAAACUGCUGAAAAACAUGGAAAAUCUAAGAAUGAAGGAUUUAUUUCUAACUUGCUCUGCAUGGCAACUUGCAAAUUGCAAAAUGUUGGAAUUGAUAGCGUAGGAUUCAAUAGUACAUGUACAAAUUUGAUUCCAAUUAGUUGUUAGGUUUCCUGCAUGCAUGCAUAAAUAGAUAGAUAUUAAAAGGUAAAGCAUCUUGUUUUGAGCAGGCAUUUUGAAAUAAUGGAGCUCAGCUAGAUUUUUUUCAAGUAAGAUAUUUUUUGCCUGAGUAUUUAUUUAUUUAUUUUGCAUUGGAAAAUUCUUUUGAACACGUGCCAAUAGGAUUUUGGAUUUUUACAGGGGGAGGAAUUCAGUUCUGGCACAGAUACCAAUGAAUCUUUUACAAAUUCCACCACAAAAUGCCACUCUAAGGGUUCAUCUGAAUCCCACUGGAUUGUAUUGAUACCUCCCUCUGUAUGGCCUCUAUACAUCCUUUGCAUUGUGCUAGAUAUGAGAAUUACACCCACUACCGAUGCUUUAAUAUAAACAAAUAAACAAAUUAGUCGUGGUGGGUCACAUGAAAAGAUUUUGUUCCUUGCCUAAGAAUCAACAGAGAUGAGUUUCUUUACCCCAGUAAGCUGUCUUCCUAAUUUAAGCCUAUGAUUAGCUCCAGAAAUAGGAUAAUUGUUCUCUGCACCUGUUCAUCCGCAGCUGCGAUGGUGCCCUGGACUACUGAAAAUAGAAGAGGAGGAAUACGUGAUAACAAACAGGACACUGAUGAGCUCUGCUCAACUUGAUAGGCUUUUUCCUGUGUUUUGAUCUAUACGUGUGUGUGUGUGUGUGUGUGUGUGUGUGUAUAUAUAUAUAUAUGUGUGUAUAUAUAUAUAUAUAUAUAUAAAGUCACCUACAACUGUGCUUUCAAGACAUUGUUGCUGAUCAUGCAUACUCACUUCUUGGCACUGAAAACUUGGAAAACUCGGAAAACUCCUGGACUCCAGCAUAUCCCAUUCAGUGCUGGCCACAUAAAUGCUACAGAGAAGACAGAUCCUAACAAGAAAAGACACUGAGGACCCAAGUGGAGUUGGUGAAGAAAUGGGAUAUUUUUGUCUGUUCGAUCACAAUCUCGGUCUUUUCUGAGUACCUGCAGGAGAUGGACUCUGAACUAUCCUUAGAAUCCCAAUAGCUUAAAUUUUGGCUAAUCCUGUAUGUUUGCAUUUUAACCAAAGAAUAACAAAAUUGUGCCAAAUUUACUAAAUGCUUAAGAUAUUUUUUCAUAAUAUGCUGUUGCACAAGCACAUUGUAUUUUGUGUCUAGUACAGUAUAAAAUGAUAACCCAGCACUAGCAGAGCUCAUAUAUUUUGGUAUUAUGCACUUGAUUAUUUCCUUCUAAAAUACAUUACUAUUUUAAUGUUUUUACUACUUUUGAAAAAAGAAUCUGGCUUCAUUUUUCUGAGACAAGUUUUGGCAGAAAUUUACUAAUCUUAGCUGUAACACUGAGUCUGUAAAACUGAAGAUUCAUCCCUGACCUUCCAGUUGAAUAAAAAAGUAAAUAUUUCCCCUGAUGAGAGGGGUAAAUGGGGUGACGAGCUCUUGUCACAUCUCUCACACAAGGUGCAGGAACACCCGGAAACUUUCCUUGAAUGCUAGCAGGAUCUACAGAGGAGUGCUAGCCUUUUUCAGCACCUUCUGUCCCCUUUCUUAUAUCCACACCCACAUGAUCUAGGCUUGGCUGUUGAAGACUAUUUACUUAAUUGAGUUUUAUUUGAUACUAUCCAGGUGACGGGCUGGAACAAGUUUUCUUCUAAGUCGUCAGGAUCACUCAGGUGACUUAGGGCAAGGUGGGAGAGACUGGCAGUAAAUUCCUUCCUCUUUUCCCAGUCAUGAAAUUCUCCAUUUUUUACAACAUUAGCCUGCUGGUUAUAAUUAGACAACUGUGAGAUACCUAAACAGAGGCAGAAGAACCUGCGUCUAUGUCUCUCUCUUUUUUUUUUCUUUUUUUUUUUUGCGGGGCGGGGGGGGGGGUUGAUUGUUUUUUAAGUUAUAGUGUGGACAGAGCCAAACAACUCAUGUUCAGUGAUGACAUCUCAACUAUAGAGGCCAGAUUUUCUGGUGAUAUAAAAUGAAUUCAGUGGAGCUCAGCCAAUUCUUACCAGUUCAGUCAGCCCCACACUUUGUGUUAUUGCCUCCCCUAAAUCUGAACUGAAUGCAACUACUGGGCUUUGACUAUUUCCCUUCUUGGUAGCUUAAUUAAAUCUCUUUAUCCCAUUUUCCCUAUUCUCCUAGGCAAACAAACUGUCCAAGCAUACAGCAACAGCUUCCCAAUUAGUAAUGAGCCAGUAUGAAUGUUUGCGGAGCAGUGACUCUGGCAAGAAUGAUAGUUUCAGUUAGUUUAUUUUUUCCAGUGUCCCUUUGGGUUCCAGGACUUUGCGAAUUUAGAAAUGACUAAAGCACACUGAACAGAGAGUAGAGUUGGUUUGUGAGGAUUUUUUGUUUAUUUGUCUUUUUCAGGACAAAUUUUGCUUUGUAAUGGAGAGAACUCAUGACAUCUAAUGACUGGCAGAGCUCUAAUGGCCUGAUCCUGCUAUUUUUUGCUCAUACAAUAACUCUAGUGUCUUGAAUCAUUCAAUUUAGCUGUAAAAGAGUGCACUAUAAACUUCCUAUAACUUUUAGGGCUAAUUAGCAAAACCUCCUUCUGCAAGCCACAUGCUGUGCUAAAACAAACACUGUGUGCAACACUGAGAUGUCUCAGGUGACAGCCAUAGCUUUUAAUCAACAAUGAUUAAUUGAUUUUUAACAAUUUCCUUCCUGAACAGGAGAAUUAAGGAAACUGUUCCUUCCCCCACCACUAGACUUUUAUCCUCAGUGCCUCCAGUGCUGUAUCCCCAGUUGUCCUGCAGCUCUCAGGUGACCCAUCUGCCCAACAGCACCUGCCCUGCUACCUGGGCAGGCUCCCCAGCUGCCUUUGCAUGGCAUCACCAUGGCAGUUCCUUCACAGGGCCCCCACGCCUCCGGCACACACGCUCCCUGUCACCACCGUGAUGUCUUCAGCUGCUCCCACACUCCUCCUUUGCCACCUUACUCUUUUCAUCCGGUAGCUGGACACAUGCUGCAGUUGGACUGAUGCAUACACUGACUAUUCAGUCAACCAGUAUCUCUGCAGUGAAGCACAGGCAGGAUAAAAAAUAUAAGCUUGGCCAGGUUUUUUUUUGAAUCAGUAGAGGCACUGACUUUGUCCCUCUCCACCACUCAAGACCUAAUUUUCACAGAGGAGGUUCAGACCUUCAGUCCUGUGCCAGAUUUCAUCAAAACUGACCAGCGAGUUGAACAGAGGAGACUGAUUUAUAGAAUGAUGGCAUAUGCCAUGUUUUCACGGAAAACAGGGCUAAAAAUAGUACUGCAAGCUCUCUAGUUAGUUAAAUUUAGUGCUAUAAACCCCUGGUGUUCAGUAAACAAGGGAGCACAAUGACGAUCUCUCAAGCAAAUCAGUUUUGUCUUGAUGCCCUAAUGCUCUGUGAAAGCCUGUUUAAUACCACUUUGCAUAAAAAGUCACAGGUCUCUGUGCCCAAGUCAUUUUUCAGUGAUGUACAGGAAGACUUUGCAUCAAAUUGACCAAUAUUUGCUGGGCUUGGAAGGGAGAGGAUUAAUAUGGUAUUGUAGGAACACAGGACAUUUUUAAAAAUAUUUGUGGAAAUGAUGAGAGUUAAACCUAACAUUUCUGACGAUAUUGGUGAGCUUUAAGAGUAGGGCCUUGGAGCUUUCAGAUUCUCUCACUCAAAAAAAUCAUUGUUUGCAAAGGGAAAUUAAUUUGCUUUUAAACUGUCUUCUAGUCAACAUUAAGUAAGCCUUGAAAACAGAUUACAAAUACUUCAUAUUCUACCAUUGUGCCUUAACCUCAGGAACUGUAUUUCUUCUAACUUUUGGAGGAGUCUUGUACUGUCUUCCUCUGCGCAUAAAAACUGGUGCCUUACCAAUGCCAGCUCCUGUGGCAGCAGUACAGCUCAGCAGAGUAAUCCUGUCCAGAAGCGGUCAGUCCCGACAGUGUAUCUGACUACCCAUUUUUGGACCUGGUACUCAUUUAUUUCUAGGGCUUGGCCACUAUCAUUCCAGAUGUUCCUGGGGGCCAAUCUGCCAUUGCACAUUAAUGUAGUCCUGGGAAGGAUUUAAACAGCUACUACUCAAGGUAACUAUGUACAUAUUUUCUUUUUAGAAAAACAGGACCAAAUCACUUUCAGGGACUAUUAAAAAUAAUACCAUAGGAUCUCUCAGAACCAUCAAUGUUGAUUUUUCAUUUAAAUCAAGUCUAGGGAUCACUGGGGGAACAGCAGGAAGGGAGAAAAAAAGGACUCUUCACUUUCAGCAGGGAAUGCAGAAAAGGUGCUGAAACAUUUAUAGAAAGAUAAGUGGGGAAAAAAAUGCUAGCUAGGGACUGCCAAGCCUGCAAGGAUUCCUCACAGAAUACUGGAAGGGCUGAGACAAGAUGUAAAUCAGUAAAAAGAUAAAGAAGGAGAGAAGGUAAUUAAAUGCCAAUAGAGAUGGAGAGGAGUUUUGCAUCAAGCAAAACAUAUUGCUGCUUGGAGAAAUCAAAGUGUAGGUAACUGCUGACAUCAAAUUUCUUUGAAUUAUAUGAGGUGUUUGAAUUCCUUGCAUGUGCCAGUCCAAUCAAAAAAUGCUGGUAAAUACACACCAAAAUAUUACCCAUGUUAAAUGGAUUAAGAGCUGUUUAUAACAUUUUUCUAAAAUCUCACUUCUGCACAUAAAAAAGCUUUGUGUGCUUAGAAAAUGCACAAGCAUCACAGCAGCAGUGUAAAUAAGACAGAAAAAUAGAGGACUCCUGAACAAGCAGUGAACACACAUCUGAGGUCUAGAAAUUCAAGUAGUGGAUAAAGGAAGCUAAAGGUAUCAAAGAAGAAGGAUCAAUGGCGAGUAAAAAUUCUAACUAUAGUAGAAAGAAAUGAAAUCUUUGUAGUAGUAGAGGUCCUUCACUAGUUCAGGAUGGUAAUGCUGUCAGUGACUGGAAAUAAGGCAUCCUCAUUCUACGCAACUGUUCCCUGUGCAGCUGGGAUAAAACCCCACUAAAUUCAGUGGGACAUGAAUUUCACUGACGGUAUUUAUCCUUCCUGCAAAGAUUAUAUUCCCACCCAUUUCAGAAAGAAACACACUAAUCAAGGUAGAAGUCUUUAUAAGGGCUAAUCUUUCAGCAGUCUCAUGUUUUCACACCCUUUUCUUCUGUUUCAAACUGUAUGUAUUACGGGAAGUAUCUGAGAUACUGUAUUAAAGUCUGGUUGAAUGGCUUGAAUGGCAGCACUGCUAUGACGAGAAGAGAGAACACAGAGCAUUCAAAGCUUACUGAUGUUGCAUGUUAAAGCUGACUAUGAUGUUUUUAUUUACCAAAGCUAUUGAUAUACUGCUGGAAUAAAUCUACUAUAUUUUGAAUUGAGAAAAAAGCUAAAAUAUGAAGAAGCAAAUAACUUUAUAAUUAAAGUUGUCAUUUGCAGCAUUUAAAAGACUGUUCUCAUAUUUUUGUUGUCUUUUAAAAUACCUUGAACUUUUAGAAUUAUGAAUUAUGUUGUUUUUUUAAGAGUGUAGAUCAAAAAGGAAGUAGUAGGCUGGAAUUUUUAUUAAUAGAGCAUGCAAACCCAAAUAGAUAUACUGCUGGUGUUUGUAUUUAAAAGGGAAGAGAAGCUUUUGAUAGCUCUAAGAAGGAGUCAAACUUCAAAUAAGAAAUCAAAGAAUAAUUCUCUCUAAAAGAACGUUAUCCUGUGGAUGCCAGUGUGGACCUGCACACUGGUCUAUUAUCUGAGGCAUGGUAUUCUGAAAAAGUCCAGGCAGGCUCAUAAAACAUCUAAUGGAUAUUUACUGAUGGAUGGUCUGCCUUACACCCAGCUACUACCAAGUAUGAAUACUUCUGCUUUUUCUUUACGCUUUCCAUACAAUUUCUAUUUUAUCGUAAUACAUGCCUAAUUUAAGAAUAAACAGAGGUAAUAGUAUAAUAUGUAUUGUAACCUUGCCUCCAUCAGCUCCUUUUUCAAAGAUUAUUGCAAUCAGUGGGAAGAAAACAGUGGGUUUUUAGGCGAUAUAUUAUUGCAUCAAAAUGAUGCUUUAAAAUGGUGACAUCACAUUCCCUGGAGGGUGGUAGACCACCUAAGUUUUAAUAUCCACAUGUGGAGAAGUUGCAGUAAGAACAGCUUUUGCCAUGGGGCUUUCAUGUGCCACAAGGCUUUGAUGUGUAGGACUGUUGUGAAUCCAGCAAUGGCCAUAUGGUUCAUUAGCAAUGUUCUUGCUGGGAUGACAAGCUGUAGGGUAAGAUGGUUGAAGAAUACCCACUAGUUCCUCCAUUAUUAGCUAGUGCAUUAUGGAAAUUCAGCCUUGACUAAUGGGACUGUGUUCUCGUAAGUGCUUCAGCAGCCAAAAUGUGUGUUGAGUGGUACUGAUAUCAAUGGGACUGCGUGGUAUGUAAUUACAUGGAGCUUGGUCAUUGGCUUGCUGUUUGUUUGCCAAGAAUUAAUGAAAGUGUGUUGGCAUCAAAUUCAUCCUUUAUGGAUGACCACUAGUUCAACAAGCUUACAGCAGAAACAAAGGACAGAGCAAAGAAAAAACACCAAAAAAGGGAAAUACCUGAAAAUAACAGUGUUCAACAAUAUGUGCCACCAAAUAGCUAUAUAAUUCAACCCUUGAAAAUUAUAUAAGUCACAGAAUUAAAGUGCACCCGUUAGGAUUUCCCACCAGCCCAUGGCUAAUUCAGAAGCAACAACUUACACAUAUAUAUGAUUCGCUUCACACCUCUUCUAUCAUCUGUGCUGGAAUGAGAGCCUCGGUACAGAAAGCUCUGAUGGCACCAGUUAAGAAAAAGGUCCAGACUUUGCAAUGAUGAACCAGCUUCCCAGCAAAGCUUUCGAAUAACAUUUUAUUUCAGCAAAAAAAAAAGAAAGGAGUAACACCCAAAUCUUCUGCAGCCAGUCUUUGUAGGGCUGUAUGCAGAGAGGUUUUCUGGUUCCUGAUGUUUGGCUAACAACCAGGAAGUUUUGAGUGGUCUCUCAGUUUCCAGUAUCUUGGAAAGAAAGUAUCUAAUCUCCCAGGAGGAUUGCUAGCAGAUUGGUCUGAAAGCCCUUCUCAAUUUGACGUAUGGAUAUGCUGAUAAAACACAACUCAACACCGUAUUCUCAGUUACUGGCAACAAUCAUCUUUAUCCGUUCUAACACCUAACAGAGUGAUCAAUAACAUUUUAAUAAAAUUUGCUGUAAGUCGUAUUUAACUCAAGUAAGAUUUUGUAUUGUAUUUCUAUUAAAUUACACUUUCUGCCAUU